UUAAUGGUAGAAACUCAUAUGGGUUCUAAAAUUAGAUGACUGCCCGGAUGAUGACAGCGAUUGAGAGAGCGCAGCCUACGUAAAACACAGCAGCGCCAGCACGAGCUACGACCUUGUUGCAGUAACCUCGUUUUCUAUGAUCCGCUCUUCGUGGGAAUUUCACAGAGUCAUGCGACUGACUAACGCAUGUAAACACAGUACAAGCCUAGGAAAAUACGAACCACGGAUUGGAGGAAGUACGCGCACAACGGCGCAACGACCAAGUCAGUUGAUCAUUAGCGCAGUGGGAUUCAGUUGACAAACGACAACAAAGACGUUCACGACUUGGAGAUUUUGCAUUAGUUUCGAAAUACUCGGAUUUAGUUGACGCUGUUAUUCAGUUAAUGCGGACGGCAGUUAAACUGCUGCUCUGGUGAAUUCGAAGUGCUGCAAAGGAAUCAGGAUGCGGGAAUCGGAUUACCUGAUCUAUGUGGAACAACGAAAGUUGGCCGAUAUGAUCACGCGCCAUGCGGAGCUGGACGAUGUGCGCAUCACACUGGCCAGCGGUGCACGGGCCAACGGGGCGGUUGUACAGGGAUUACAUCCGCUGCAUUACGCGGUCUACGAGAAGUACUUCGAAUGUGUCAAGCUUCUGUUGGCACGUGGCGCGGAUCCGAAUGCUCCCGAUGACGUGGGUUACACUCCGGUGCAUCUGGCGGCGGAACGCGGCUACAAAGAUAUCCUGGAGAUGCUCAUUGACUACGGCGGCCAAACGGCACUCCGCGACAAAUGUCCCAGCAAUGACCAAUUGCCGCCGCCGGAGACAAUGGCCGAUGAGCCGUUGCGCUUAGCCAUCAAGAACGGGCACUUUGAGUGCAGCGAACUGUUAUUGAAACGCGGCGCUAAUCCAAACGCCAAAUAUUUUCUGGGAUCGGAGAUCAACUUUAUUGAUCCUGUGACUCAGCCGGAGUUUCUCGACCUGCUGCUCAAGUACGGCGCAGACCCGGAUAGCACCGAUCGCAGUGGACGCACGCCGCUGAUGUUUGCUGCCCGCCAUCCCGAUGCUGUUCAAGCUGUCAAGAUUCUAAUUUUACACGGGGCCAAUGUCAACGCGUGCGCUUCCGCCCGGCAGGACCAUCGAUCUGUCAUGCACUACGCGGUGCUGGGAGGCAAUUACGAUGUGGUGCGUUUGCUGGUCAAGGAAGGCGCGAUGGUAUCCAUGCCACCAGAAUACACCCAUCCGCAUCCGCUGGAUUUUGCCAUACUCAAGGAUGACGUGCAAAUGGUGAAACUGCUGAUCGACAGUGGCGCCAAUGUCAACGAAAUCGGCUCACCGUUGAUUGGCUCAGCGCUACACGUGGCCUGUUGCGGUGGUGACCUGCACAACCAGUUGCAGAUUGUGGAGACACUGCUGCAGGGAUCCGCCGAUCCGAACUGUGCCACCUUCAACGAAGAAGGGCAACUGUUGGCGCCGCCGCUCGGCGAAUAUCUGUGGAAUCUCCGACCAAAUCGGCCGCACUUACCGGAAUUGGUCAAUAUUCUCCUUAAGUACGGCGGACGGGUAGUGAUGCGCACGCAGAACCAAGAUCCCCUCGGCAUCCUUCGCAGUGUGGUCCGGAUUCCGUUCAGCGAGCGCGAUUUAUUCCUGAGACUUCUGGAAGCCGGCGAAGGCUACAAUCCGGUGGCCAUCUAUCGCCUGACCAACGUAGCCGCCUGGUCCAAGGACAGCCUGUUGUGGGCGGCCACCCGGCCCCUCCCUCUGCGCCAUCAAGCUCGGCUGGUGGUGCGUCGCGUCCUGGGCACCGUGCUACCCGAUAAAGUAGCGCAACUGCCCAUCGCACCCUCACUGAAAGAGUACCUCCUCUGCCAGAAUAAAACGCUCACCUACAACAAAUUCUUCGCCGACUGACCGUGGGUCGGCAGGCACAAACACACUUGUACUCACUGUUUGAUCUGUGUAACUUUCAUACCAUGCUGAUGCACUUCUGAUGUUCAUUAUGUGAUGGUCAGUUUUUCACAAAUGUUAAAUACAACGUGGAUUGUACGUUUUACGACUUGAUAGUCGGUUUUUUAGGUGUAUAUGCCGCUUGUACAAAUUGUGUGGAUAUUUUGCGCAUAUUUGAACAGUUUUGCUACUAAUUUUUGAUAUUAAGCUGAACACCUUAUUGAGAAUACGGAAUGUUUUAUUAACGCUUUACGGAUUUGUAGCCAAAUACCUACAAAAUGAACAAUAAAUCGGCUUUAU